CAGCCUUAGAAACAGUUCUCCUUCCGACGCCAUUUUCGUUUCUUCAUCUUCUUCUUCUUCUUCGCCGUCGCCUUUCUCCUCCCUCUCCCUUGAUCUUAGCCUAUCUUCAGACUUCCCCUAAACCCAAGUCCCUACCUCUGGUUCGUCACCGUUUCGGCUCUUCUUCGGUGGUAGCGGUCUUCGCCGGGUGGGUCGUCUUCUAAGCAGAAUCUCUCCCGCAAGGAUAAAUCAAUAAGGAUUUGCAAUUGCAGAGAAAACCCAUUUGUUACAUUUCUAUUUCAUGGCUAAAGAAGAUAUCUUGUUAGAAAACAGGCUUCAAGAUGUCCAGUGGCUCUGUUCCCUCUCUGAAUCUGAGCUAGAUAUGCUAAUUAGUUUGAAAACCCUUCUUUUGAAACGGGCUGAUGUAAUUGGUCAUCCUGAUUUAGCUAGCAAAUGCAAUAUUAAGAUGCUAAGAGUACUUGCUUUCAUAUUAAUGGAGCAUCUUAGAGAUAACCUUGCAGAUUCAUCAUUAAUUCCAGCUUUGGAUAAGUAUUUAGAUACUUCCAACUUAUCUAAAUCCAUACUCGAUCAACAAUUUGAAGACUUGAGUAUACACGAUUUAAGGAAAUAUAUCGACAGCAGCAAACGAAAGAGAAUAAUGGAGACGCUCUUUGAAGAUCAUCAAGCUCCAACUCAGAAGAAGAAAAUGAAUAAUGCUGAAACAUCCACUCAGACAAUUAUAGAUUAGAUUUAUUCUUUGUAACUUGUAACUUGUUUGAUUCUUUGUAACUUGAUUGAUUCUUUGUUUUUUUUUAAAGAGAAACGUUUCGUUUUUUAUGCGACUUUUUGGUUUUUGGCAUCAUGUGGAGAAGCCCAAGGAUGGGAAAUGAUUAUCAAGUGGUGUGCUAGGGAUGUUCUACCCAUACCAUCUUGAUUUGGUGAUGAAGUGAAUGUGUACAUAUUUUCGAUUCCGGACAAAUCAAUUUGUUUCUAUGUUUCCAAAUAUCCGACAUAACAAU